AUGCCAGAGCUGAAAAGGCUCGCGCUGUGCAUCUGCACAGCAACAGCCUUUCAGCCAAUCAGGUAAUCAGGAGAGCCGUGCUGAGCGCGGGAAUCCUGAUUACCUCAGAUUUUUUAAAAUGGCAUCAUUGAUGGAGGACUCUAUUUCUGUGUCUGCCACAGAUUUAGUGGAUGCCUCUCUUAAAGGCAGCCCCAUCAAUGUUAGAAAGCUCCAUAAGAGAGCUUUCCUUGCCAGGGAUCUAUCCUCUUCAUCAUCUGAGGAGGAUUUGGUCCCAGUUUUAAAUAAAAAGCAUAAAGGAAGACGGCUGGUCUCUUCCGCCAGUUCCUCGUCUGAGGAAAACUUCUCCGCUCCUCCUUCCCCUCAUACUCGUUUGAGUAAGCGAAAAUUUAAGGGGACAGGACCUCAAAAAAGGAAUAGCGUGUUUCCCUCGUUUGAGCACCAGAAACACCUCCCAGAGGAAAAGGGCAAAUCUCGUUGGAGGUUAGAUAGUCCCUCUCCUUCCUCUUCUAGAGCGUUCGCUCACUCUUCUUCCCAAAGCCGUCCCAGUUCCAGAUACGGCUCUCCAGAAAUAGACUGGGAAUCCGAGGAAGUGGUUCGUUCAGCAGCUUCCACUGAGCGAGGGAAGCUAAGCAAUGUUCAGAUGGCCAGAGUAAGUCUCCUAGGAAAGACUCUCCCAUCAAAAUUAUUUCACUCCAGAUGGGCUAUGGAGCACGAUUCCGAGGUUAGAGAUUUUGCUAAACUAGCCUUCAGAUCCCCCUUGGUUAAGGAAGAUGACCUUCUCCUCAGGAACCACAUCGGUAUCCCGGACAUUCAGGCUCUAAUGGCCCCAGAGGUAGACCCUUCGCUGUUAUCCAUCACAGGGAGCAGCGUAUCCUCUGAUCCCACAGACCAGACUUUUCGCAAUAUACAGUUUAAAAUUGCUGAUGCUGUGGGACCACUAUUACUGAUGCUGGAUAAAGCAGAAAAAGAAGGCAAUGCUCAGAAACCUUCCACUUCAUCCCUGUUAGCAUCUAAGAUGGCCCUUUUAAAAGCGUCUGGCAGGGCAGUGCUAAUUAUUGGCCAAUCCUUUAAUUACAUUUCAAACAUCCGCAGAUCCCGCUGGCUCCAUGCAGCUGGUCUGUCCGACCUAGCCCCCAAAUCGCAUGAGUUCCCAAAUUUGGAGGAUUCUUACCUAUUCGGUCCCUCGUUCAUUCAGGAGGUUAAAGGCCGUUACAAGGCAAGGAGAUCCUUUUCAGAACUCAAGAAGUCCGUCCCUGGCUACAAGAAGCCCUUUCGGACGGAGGGUCGCCCCUAUAGGGCUGCAGGAGCGUCCCGAGAAGCCUCUCACCAGGCCCAGUACCGCCACUACAGUGGAAGACAUAAGCUCCCAGGCGGCGGCAGAGGAGCGCAUUCCAGAGGCGGUUCAGCUUCCAAAAGGAAACCCAUGCAUUCAA